UCCUCAUCAGGUCCGUCCACGUGGUGAUGAUGUACGUUGGACGCUUCCUCAACGGAUUCGCCACCGGCACCAUUUGCGUCACAGCACCCACUUACAUGGCGGAGAUUUCGGAGCCCAGCAUCCGCGGAAUGUUGGGCUCCUGUUUCCAGCUCCUGGUCACCCUCGGGGUCCUCGCCGUGGACAUCGUGGGCAUCUGGACCCCGUGGCGCUGGAUCGGGGCCUUCUGCGGCAUUCUUCCCGUGGCGACCAUCGUCGCCAUGUUGUUUGUGGCCCGUGAGUCACCCACCGACUCCAUCAUCAGGUACAUCAAGUCGCAGAAGCAGUCCAACGACAGACAAGAGGCCCUGGAGACACUGACUUGGCUCAGGGGGUCCAGCCAUGACUGCCAGCGAGAGCUGAAAGAGAUCGAGGAUUCCGUGCAAAGAGCGCAGUCAGCCACGUUCCAGUUGUCAGACGUGAAGAAGCCGGGAUUCUACAAGCCUCUGUCCAUCUCCCUGGGCAUCAUGAUGUUCCAGCAGUUUUGUGGAAUCAACGCAGUCAUCUCCUACACUGCCAUGAUCUUCACUUCCGCUGGUUCAUCCAUGAAGGGAGAUGUGGCUGCAGUCAUUGUUAUGCUGGUCCAGGCAAGUGUUCAUUCCUAUAUA